AUUUCCAAGAAAGUGGCGUUGCGCGUUAGAAAGUGACGUCAAUGAUUCAGAUGGCGAGUUAAGCAAUCGCUAGGUUCAAAUGUCACCAAACUAUACUUCCGAUAUCUAUUGAUUCGCCAACAUUCUUGACCUCCACGGUAUUUAUCAGAGUCCAGAAUUGAUAAAAAUCCACUACAGCGUAUUUCUCCAUCAUUCGGCCACAAAUAAGAUUAUCAUAGCGAAGGUCAUUUUAAGGACGCUUCGGGUUGACGUUGGCAGCACUGCUUUAAAAUUGAUCGGCCGUAUCUAUUACCCGGAAAAUAUUAUAUUCUUUCUGGGACUCGGGUGAGCGAAUGUAAACAGGAUUGGAGCAAAGACGUAAUGGCACAAAUAAGACGAGUGAACGAUAGUGGCACCAGAUAGUGAAUAUUUAUUGUGCCAUAAUCGAAGUCCGUUCCAGUGCGGGUGGUUAUGAUAAUCGAUUGUUACCGCAGUGAGGUGUGUUUAAUAAUUCUCGCGAGGGACCGAGCAAGCGAGGAGAGGAACGCGGACAUUUAGACUCAGUCGUACAUCGUGCGCUGUGCGGGGAGCGGGGAGGGAUAAGGAUAACUGGCAUCUGCAAGGCAGAAAGAGUAACGGAGCAACGGAAGUUUCGCCUAAGCAGCGGGAAUUAUCGCGAGGGGUUCGUCAAGGUAAUGGGCACGCAAUAUUGUCCAAAGACCUGUCUUUGCAAAGGUUAUCCGUUGGAAAGAUGCAUAUGUCCCGGCGCUCAUUUAUCCAUUCAAUGAGUAACAGUCUUAAUUUGGCUUCUAUGGAUGAAGAAGCUUCCAAUUUACAUGUGCGACCUCUGAAUAAAAUUAUUCGAAAAAGAGUAUUCUUUUUCAAAAAUACAUCCGGUAAACAGAGAAGAGGGACAAAGUUCCUUGAUUACCACAGGCCUGUGGUUAAUCAGAAUGAAAGCUCCAAAUUUGCAAAGCUACCCAUGACAAACACUCGGAGAGAUGACGAAAAAUAUACCAAUCGAGUUGAAGGUGGACCAAAAGUACAAAAUUGGGGAAACUAUAGAUGGAGCGGUCAUAGUUUUUGGGUAUUCUCCUUCCUGCUCCUUUUGUUUCCAUUCGAUAUCUGCGCAACUGAUCCAAAUCAGUGUAGCCCUGGACUAAAUACACCAGGAAGAACAUCGCCGCUGGGUGAUAUAGUCAAAGAAUAUGGACAGUCCUUGAAGAUAUACUGUAUACUGAAUGAGACUCUAAAGGAACCAAAAUUUCACGGUAAAAACUCCUCGGACUUGGUAUUUUAUCGAAAUGACAGAGAAAUGGAACCGGAGUAUGUGACUGUUAUCAACAAAACAACAAUCGCAAUGUACGUCGAUAAACCAGAACCAUCAAGCGACAUGUACUACUGCAAACUCAGAUUGGGUAAUGGUUCUGACCCGUCGUACGAGGCUGUCUGUCUGAACAAAGUUGUUAUCGGGUUCAAGCCUAAGGAACCGUUAAACUUCUCUUGCAUAUCGCAAAACUGGGAGAAUCUUACUUGUACGUGGGUGCCAGCACCCAAUUAUGUCGCAACUAAAUUCUCUCUGGGUUACAAGCUACCUGGUAGAGCCGGUGGAAGGACAACUUUCAACUGCCCGGAAACAAAGAAUGACCCAAAGUUUCCGCCAAAUACUUGUACAUGGGAUGCUACUACGGACCCGCCAUACAGAAUGGUCCAUGAAAACUUCAAAUUUGUAUUAACUGCUGAAAACGUUUUGGGAAUCAACCAUUUUAUUUAUCAAUUUCAUCACUGGGCGCAUGUGAUUCCUGCUAAACCUGUUGGUUUGUCUGUCGUCAACAAAACAUUCUCCAGUGCUUUGCUCCAUUGGAAUGUACCGUAUCCGAUGGGUACCUUUCCGCCAGGCCUCCAUCAUAAGAUUUCCUACCAGAGUCUUUGGGAUGGUGAAAAUUCUUGGAAGACGGAACAUAUAAGGAGCGCACCUCGUCAGGAUGAAAAAUAUUUCAAUCUUACCAAUUUGCAAUAUGCAAAUACACCUUAUGACGUUAGAAUUUUCAGCAAAAGUGCACUAGCAGUCGGAGAAGAUAGUUGGAGUCUGUUCAGUGACAUUAACUUCAGAACCGCAGCUACACUGCCAGGACUACCAGUAAAGACAGAUAUUGGAAGUUUCGAGAUUGUCGCAAAGACUGCAAACAGGGAUGUGUACAUAUACUGGCAAUCGAUUCCGGCAUACUUGGAAAACGGAGACAACUUCACGUACAAAAUUGUUAGUGUGGAAGAAAAUGGCAAAAAGGUGAAUCUGCAGCCACAGGAAAAAACCAAAACUUAUGCAAAGUUCAAAGGAAUCGGUGUUCACAGUUUUAGAUUUGAAAUUGUAACUGCCAACUGUAAAGGGGAAAAUGAACAUAAAGCUGUGGUACAUGUACCGAGUAAACUCGAAAUGCCACGAGAACCAGAUGUGUUUACGAAAAUCGCAUUCGACGCCGGUCUCUAUGAGCUGUCCUGGAAUCCACCGCGUAAUUCGAACGUUGUGAAUUACACAAUAUUUUGGUGCGAAAACGAUCGUGACAGACCAUAUCAAUGCACUGGGUACCUUGACUGGGUUCACGUAAAUCGGACUGUAACCGUACACAACAUCACGGUGCCUGACGCGAGAAAAGUCUACCAAUUUGCGAUAGCAGCGAAUACAGAUCGAGCCAGCAGCGGUAUGGUAUGGGCCUCGUGUACGGCCAUCCACAACAACACUAUUGGGAAGAUGAAGUCUGUGUGGAUAAAUCGUCCCGAAUCGUACCAGAUUGAGAUUGGUUGGAAGCUGGAGUGCUCCGACCGCAUAGGCAUUGUCGAAGGUUUUAGAAUAUAUUAUUGCCCCAUUGUGGCGCCGCAGAACCUCAACUGCAAGGGUGAGAAAUUAAACAGAACAGUGAAGGCUGACCCUCAGACAAUGCGCGGCAUUGUGACCGAUUUGAAGCCCUAUACCACCUACAUGCUAUCCGUAGCAGUAUUGACAAAGAACGGCGAGGGACCCGCAAGUGACCCACAGUAUAGCACGACGCUCGAGGGAGCACCCAGUGUGCCCCUCAACGUUAUGGUUAAAAACGUAACUAACACAAGCAUGGCGGUUCAAUGGGAAGCCCCAGUUGCUAUGAACGGUGUGUUACGAUAUUACCAUGUUCAUUACAACCAAAACAAGACAAGAGUCGAAGGCGCCCAGGGCAAUGCUACCCAAGUAGUGAUUGAAGGCCUCAAACCGCACACGCGUUAUAACAUCAGCGUCUCGGCAUGUACCGUUACAUGCGGCAAUCUCUCCUCACCGAUAGAUCUUUGGACGGACAUCGGAGUUCCAGGAAAAAUGGAAGUACCUGCCAUACGAUUUAUGAAUACCAGCCAGAUUCAAAUUGUCUGGAACCCACCAAGAGAACCGGCAGGGCUUACAGACUUUUAUGAGAUAGAAACUGAGGACAAGAUCUAUACCAACAUAACUAAUCAUGAAAAGUAUCUGGAUAUUGCCGACUGCCAGACAAAUCGUAAUAGAGCGCAUCUAUUCCGUGUAAGGGCUAUCAACUUUGGGCCUAAAAAAACACGCCUGGAAGGGCCUUGGUCCGAAGCUGGAGAAGGGACCUGUUACAACAGCGGACCACCUGACGUGACUUGGAUGUUAGUAUGGAUUUUCGGAAGUCUCAUCGGCGUAGCUGUCCUACUGUUUAUAGCAUACUCUUCAAAGAGAUUGUGGACGAAAUGUAAGGCUAUGCAGGAUGUGGAAGUAAAAUUACCACCUGGUCUGGCGUCCAACACGCAGAAAUUGUUGGGACCACCCAACGAACAGCACCUACCGCCACGUUCUGUAGAUUCAAGCGGUUGCUCGAGCGGACAAGAGUCUGUUACAUCGUCUCUCACCUCGGAGUCUCACGUGUCAACGGAUAGUGGGGCCGAUCUAGAUCCCUUACCAAUGUCGCCGACGAAACUACUCGAAUCACCCCCUACCUGGGAAUCGUCAAGGUUACGACAACGUAUUGUUGCUGGUACCAAACCAGAGUCAUGUAACGACCACGAACAGUGGGACUCGUAUGUUAAAGUCGCCAAGACUUUAGACACAUCCGCGGGUGACGUUCUUUCUCUGGCAAAAUCGACACCGAAUCUCACGGCAGACAUUACCGACGCAACCCCAUCAGCUGGUCUCUAUGGCGCGUCUCGGCAACAUGCCUGGUCCUCGACUGGAUAUAUAAGCAUGCCUUCCUCCUCGUCUUCCACGGCCUCCUCUGAGGAAGAGUCGUCAAACAGUCCAAGUCCUUCGCCGCAUGGCCAAGGAAGUAAUCAAGGAGUUUACAGCAUAGUGGGCUUGGCACCUCCGCCCGCGUUUGCAACUAAAACAGGAGUCGGAGCAGCGGCAGAAACAAGCGGUGCGAACAGCAACCACCCGCAGGCUGUGAAUCUUAUACCUCUCGAGGCAGAACCAAGGUUGACGACUGCGGCCACGUCGAAUCCAUACGUCAGUCUCGCUUCCUUAGAAGAAAAAACGAAAAAUACUAAUAUGCCGCAUUUAACGUCCCUGGGAAACUUUGAAGAGAUGAAGUUUGUUCACCCGAUCCGAGAAGUAGAACACAGCCAGUUACCAAUGUCGGACAAAUAUUGCAAGCCGUAUGUGCGGACGGGAUUAAAUGACACCAUGAUGAAAUCAUGCCCACCGAACGAGCUGGACGACGAAGACGCGCUAAACGCUUGUUACGCUGUGACAGGAGAACCUUUCGGCCAAUCGUUAAUUCAGUUGCCGAAACAUGCUUAUGUACCUGUAGGUACGAGGCUUGGUGCGUUACCUGUGAGCAGCGCGAAGGACUCGCCGCAAACGCAAAGUCCUUACGUCUCGGUAUCAACCAUGAUAUCCAUGCUGGAACCUUCAUCUCACGGCAACCAAGAAAAAAGUGCCGGCGUUCACGACCACUUCGCGCCAUCCUACCCCUUUUCCUCCGGAAUUACUGAGUCAUCGGCCGCAACGUUACAGAGCUUAGACGGCCAUGGCGAUCGUGUUAUAUCCGGUACGCCAUCCGUAUCCACAUCUUUGCCAAUAGUCAAACAAACAUCUGGUUAUGUGACUAUAGCAGAAAAUCCAUCACGACCUAUUGGGAAUACGACGUUGGAAAGUUCAACGCUGUCGUACGUACCCCAUCAACAAGUCGAUCAAAAAUCACCACUCUCUCAACAGAACGUUAAUCGGGCUGACGAACAAUACAGCAAAGUGACCGUUGUGCCGACAAGUACAUAAACAUGAUUAGCUGCUACGUGUAAAAAUAUCCGUAUGCCGGUGCGUUGGGCAACGAUGUACAUACGCAAUGUACGCAGACUGCGAAUCUUCGAUGAAGCGAGCCAUGUACACUUCCGUUGUCGAUCGAUUCACAAUGGCAACUUGAAAAGUGCAAGGCAUGGACGAAGCUUAUGAAGCAUGCUUCUCCGAAUAUUCUCAGUAAAUAUAGCUAUUUCGAAUGGUGCAAGUAAGGCAAAGCAUGAUGCAGAGUGCAAAAGAUGACGUCUCUGAUUAUCGUAUUUUUCCGAAUAUAAGCAGAGGUUUUUUGCCACUGACAGUACCCGCAAAAAUUGUCCUCGUCUUACACGCGGACCUGUCGAAUGUGUGGGUAACUAGUAAAAACACUCUGGAAUACCGUCUCAGAAUUGGGGGUCAACUUAUACUCGGAACAAUACGGUAUUUUAAGUUGAACGACCAGUGUGUCUUUCAUAUCCAUUCGUGAUUCAUUGAAUCCUGUAUUAGUUGUUGAUAGUGGAUCUUGUACAACGAAUUUGAAUGGAGGAAUAUUAACCGACGAUGCAAGGCAGUGGAAUGAAGUGGAAUAGGUCUGUAUGUUUUGUACAAUCAGGUAUGGUGGUAUUAUAAUGAAUAAGUGAUGAAUUAUCGAUGAAUUAUUAGUAAUUUUAUGAGAGUGCACGAGCGCGGUGAACUCAGCAGAAUUUUGACAGAGAAAAAAAUCUGCAAGCUUGUUGAGAUAUAAUUUUAACUAUUAUAGAUCAUAUUCCUACAUAAUAUUGUAUAUUUUAAGAUUAAUUGUAGACCACGGGGGUGUUUAUUAUUAAUUUUUCCCAUCGGUCGACAGAAUUUGUACAAAAUGGCCGUUUCUGACGUACGAAUUAGGAUACGAUAAUCGCAGCUUAAAAGUUGGCUGCAUAAAUAAUAUGCGUUGCAAUUGUAUUACACCGCAGACUGACGUUUUACAUGUACAUACGUCUAUAAUCGAGUUAUUAUAAAAUAUAAUCAUAUGUGUCUGAGUGUAUCAGUGGUUGGGUUUAAGCUGUGUCGAUAAUUUCAUUCAAUGGAUUAUUUUCGCUUUCUCUUCUUUGUGCAUCUCACCUGACAUACGUAUUCUACAAUGACAUACGAUAAUCGACGUGACUACAUUUUUACAUUGCUUUAAUAUCCAUGCAAUUCGUAUAUGAAGGUUUACACAAGGAACUGGCAAUUAAACGAACUAACCACUUUUAACCUUUAGAGGGCCGGUAUCGCUCAUUUUCGAGUCUGCAGAUAACUCGGAAAUUCCACCGGAAGUGUUGACUAUUUAUAUUCAUAAAUCGUACCUCUAA